AUGGCACGAACAAGUUUGUCCACUGCACCCAUGCCACGAAGACAUUGUUUCUGCAGCCCGGGAUCUCACCGUAGGAUGGAGGCUUCACCGCCAAAGCAAACAGAGGACUGA